UUGUACUACAAAACUGAUUUUUCUUUAUUGUACGACUCCUUAAAACUCACCCCACUCAUAUAUUACGCUGACAUAUCUCCUAACUCGGAGGAAUCACAGACACACAAAACAGUUCCACAUGUCUCGUCGUCCUCUUGUCUUCUUCUUCUUCUUCCUCUUUCUUGUCUUGGUCGUCCCUUGUCUGUCCCAUGGAGGCGGAGGAGACCACGACGACGACGAUGCUCCGCACGCCAAGAGUACCGAUCUCAAAUCAAAAUCUUUAAUCUCUGUCAAAAUAGCGUGUCUUGUCAUCAUCUUUGUGCUCACGUUCAUCAGCGGCGUAUCUCCUUAUUUCCUGAAAUGGAGCCAAGGGUUUCUGGUCCUGGGAACACAGUUCGCAGGAGGAGUGUUUCUCGCGACGGCCCUGAUGCAUUUCUUGCCAGACGCCGACGAGACGUUUCGGGAUUUGCUGACCAAGGAAGGAGAGUCGGAGCCGUCUCCGGCUUACCCAUUCGCGUUCAUGUUGGCCUGUGCUGGUUAUAUGCUGACCAUGCUCGCUGAUUCCGUCAUCGCUCAUGUCUACUCCAAGACCCCAUCCAAAGACGUCGAGGAGCUUCAAGGAGAAGAGAAACCGAACCAGGGUUCAGGUAUAGGAGAUAGCAUUCUACUGAUCGUAGCUCUGUGUUUCCACUCUGUAUUCGAAGGGAUAGCCAUAGGGAUCUCAGAGAGUAAAGCAGAUGCGUGGAGAGCUCUAUGGACAAUAACACUCCACAAGAUAUUCGCAGCGAUAGCAAUGGGGAUAGCUCUUCUCCGUAUGAUCCCUGAUCGUCCUCUCUUCUCCACCAUCAUCUAUUCUUUCGCAUUCGCCAUCUCGAGCCCGAUAGGAGUUGGGAUCGGAAUAGUGAUAGACGCGACGACGCAAGGGACGGUGGCGGAUUGGAUAUUCGCAGUGUCUAUGAGCUUGGCGUGUGGGGUGUUCGUUUACGUGUCAGUGAAUCAUUUGUUGGCUAAAGGGUAUAUUCCGAACAAAAAGGUUAAUGUGGAUCAGCCUAGCUUUAAGUUUUUGGCUGUUUUGUCUGGAGUUGUUGUCAUCGCCAUUGUUAUGAUUUGGGACACUUGAAUUGUCUACUCAAAAACUACUACGGAUUUUAGAAUUACAAAAUUGUUUUUUUUUUUUUUUUUAAAUUGUGAGAAAACAAAAGGUAAUUUGAUACUACCAGACAUUGAUUUUGGAUGAUUA